AUGAUGACGUUCCUCGCUACAUACGAGAUUGGCAAGGACAAGGCGCAGAUCACGGACGAGGACAUCAUGAGCAAGGUCAAGGAGAGGUGCGAGACCACGAAUCGCGACUAUCUCGCGAAUCCCUCAGCGCUUUUCGCUCAACAGCUAAAGAUGGACCUGACGGUCAAGGAUGUGCCUGACCGUGUGUCCAAGUAUUUCCGGCAGUUCGAGAAAAUCAUUGCCGACAACGGCUUCCACGAGAAUCUGGGCCGUGGCUCCCCGACAGACGAUGACUAUGUGGCACGGAUGAAGCAGAGGACCAAGAUUCUGGUCGAUAACCUG